CUAUAGUAUUCACCGCAACUAAUCCAAAAAUCACAAGAACAAAGCAAAGCUUAUAUAUACACUACACCAUCGAUGAAUACAUCGCAGUAUAUGGACAGGCAGAUAAUGGAUCUAACAAAUUCACAGAGCAACAAUGACUUCAUCAACCUCAUGAACCCUCACGAGGACAUUAGCGGCAGUACAAAAGGGGAAAGUAUUGUUCCGGGUUACGAAUUCCGCCCGAUUCGCCCAACUGGAUCAUCGCCGCCGAAAUCUCAUAUUGAUUCGGGUCAUAUCACUGGAGCUAGGGAUUGGAAUUCUGUUGAAUUUAAAAGCAACACUGCUAGAAUCAGAAAUUAUGGUUCUCUUGACUCACUUGCACCGGCCAAACUCAGUGGGGAUAAAGAUCUGAGCACUGUUGAUUCAUCUUUGUUAUUUGAAAUUGAUCAUACAGUGAAAGAUUACGCUGAUAAUCUUCUACAUGCAAUAGAGAGCAUGAGUGCUCGACUAUCACAAGUAGAAACUCGAAGUCGCCAGAUUGAAAGUUCUCUUGAUGGCCUCAAGCUUUCUGUUGAUAACAACAAUGGGAGCACUGACGGAAAACUGAGACUGGUGGAAAAUAUUUUCAGAGAGGUAUCAUCUUUCAUAUAACUUCUUCUAUAU